ACACACUUGUAAUUUUACCAAAUUCGUUUUUAAUUUAAUUUAGUUUUUCGUUUUUGUAUUGUUUUAUUAUUUUUAAGGAAAUUUAAAAGUAAAUGUCUGCCAUAAUCGGUUUUAUCAGGCAAUUGUGUCCUUCUUACUGUUUGUUAGAAAAAUUUACAUACGUUGUACCCUAAUUAAAAUUCAAAAAACGGUUGUCAUACGAAAUAUUUUAUUAUAUGCCAAAACAAAUUUUAUAUUUACAAAAGCAGGUAUGCACAUUAACGAAAUUGAUAAAAUAAUAUUUAGUUUUAAUUUUUCCAUAUUGAAUAUUUGUUAGUGCACCGUUAAGUAUUUCAUACAAAAGAAAAACAGAGUUCUUCAUUAUACUUAUGGCGUACGAUAAAUGUUGAAUUAAAAAACAUUUUGAAAAUUAAUCAACCAUUUGCCCUAGAACACAAAAGCUACAAUAAAGAAAUUAUGUGUUUCAUUUAGAGUUUUUAAGUGAGCAUUGCCCUCAGACUGGCCAUUGCUUUAAUUUUUUUUACUUUAAGUACAUACAUAUGUUUGUAUAUCAUAUAUUCUAAUGGAGAAAACAACUCUGACUUGCUUCUUUUCGCAUUUCACAAUUAAAUUUCAUUCAUUACACAAGUUUUUUUUUGUGUACUACAAGGAAUGUGUUACUAUAUAAACUAUAAAUAUAUAUCUGGGUUGUGUGUUCCCCAAAGAUGAAUGUAUAUUGAACGGUACGCAUUUUUGAAUUGCUGCUUAUGUAUUUUAUGUUUUCACCGAGAAAUCGCUGCCGCCACACUAUUUUGUAAUUUUGAUAUGAAAUUUUGAUAUUAAAAAGUGUACUCGUGUGUGCAUUUUCUUCCUGUUUUAAUUUUUCUCUUUUUAUGUACAAGUUUCACUUAAAAGAGAAUUCACUAACUUAAAAUUAAGCAAACUUAAUUUCAAAAGAAUCGAAUGAAAAUAAAGAUAAAUCCAAAAGACGAUGCAAAAUUGUAUUUAUUUAUCAAAUGUAUGUAUAUAAGUAUAAUUACUGUUAUUAUAAAUAAUUUACGCAUUCAUUAAAUUAACCAAUUACUAUAUAAUCACUUAUACUUAUAUUAUAUCUUUUCGCUUCCUAUAACCUUUUCAAACUAUAUGAAAUUAAGUGCUUUUGCGUUGUCGUUUUAUACGUGACAGUGGUAUGUAGUCUUCCAUAUUUGUUCGUUUUAAUCGUAUAAUACAACGUCUAACAUGUUUAGAAGCAUCCUUUAACGGAACCCAUUGUAACUUUGUAUUAGUAUUAGUAUCAGUCAGUUCCUUCUUAGCUUGACAAGAAGGCUUAAAUAUUUGAGACCCAUUUCCCAUUUCCACUUCGAAAUCUAUGAUGUUCAACGAUUCAUAUUUCGUAUCUGAACUGCUAUCGCUACUUAAACAAAUUUCGGAAGUUCCAUUCGAUGUUGUACUAGUCACAAUUUGCUCCUGUGCAUUAUCUGUUUUUUCGUUCACGAAAGUAAUGUCUGUGGAUUUUAAAACGAUUAGUUCUUUAAGAUCCAUUAAAUUGAGUAAUUCCUCAUAUUCAUCUUCAAUAUUUUUUAAAUGGGUGUAUGUUAAUUUUACGGUAGCUUUUGAUUCCAGUUCGGCGUUUAAUAUCAGGUCCAUCAUUUCAGCUUCCAACUGCAGACGUCUGUUUAAUGGUAACUGUGAUACCAUUUUCAUAUUGUCAUAUAUUAUUUGUUGAGCACUUGACAAGUUAUUCACACGCACAUCUGUAACUUGAUCUUCAAGUUGUAUGCUUAUUUUCACUAUAAUUUGACGCAAUGGUUCCGGAAUAGCGGUUAAAUCCAACAUUUUUGCCAUUUUCUUUAUGAUAGGUUGUAAUUUGUUCCAACGCCGUUGUAAGUCAUCCUUGGUAAAAUAGACUGCUGGCAGGAAUCCCGUAUAGCUCACAUUAAAUGUAUACGUAAUGCGAUUCCAAGCCCAAUCGUCAUAAUCAGGAUCUUGAAAUGGUCGCACUCGUGGGUUGUACAAAAACGGAUACAAUUGUAUUAAUUCCAAUAGUUUUUCAUCAUUUAACACUACACCUCCGGCGGAGUCAACAUUAUUAACAUUAAGCACUUCGACAUUAGAAUAACCCUUUGAAUCCGUAGGAUAACACAAAAUUGUACUUGAAGGUUGCUCUGACUCCAUAGCAAUUUUUUGUAUAAAACCUUACUAAUCACUUCUACAUCCAAAUAAAGUUAAUAAAAUACAAACAAUAUGAAAAAUCAGUGAACGAUAGGGUAUGUUGAAUCAAUGCCCAUGUAAAAUGACAUUAGCAUUGUUGGCAAUUUAAUAUAGCACGAUAGCUCCAUUGUCCAUCAUAUUUAAUUUUUGGAGAUAUGGUGUUAUUUGAAAACUUAUUUAUUUAAUGCAAAGUAAAAUAAUUUAAUAAGAGAUAUAUGUAGAUAUUUCGCAUUCAGUAAAAAUUGUAAUUGUUUUGCAUUAUUUUGUCGCAGCAUUCACAAUAAAACUUACGUUUUAUUGUCAAACACAUGAGAACAGCUGAAAUGUAUUGUAAAUAAUUGCUAGGUUGAUAAAUAUGGAAUGUGGAGUUCGGAAAACAGACAGCUUUGUCAAGGACAUUUUUACCACAGAUGAUAAAUGCCUUACCGAUGAAGAAAAAACUCGUUUAAAGGCACAGAACAAACGUCUGGUACCGGAAUUUAAGGCAAAGAAACUGGAAGAACAAGCUCAGCGUCAUUGGGAUAUAUUUUACAAACGAAAUGAGACUCACUUUUUUAAAGACCGCCGUUGGACAACACGUGAAUUUGAGGAAUUGUUGGAUUUUGAAUGCGAGACCCGUAAUGGAAAAAUUGGGUGCAGUAAAGAGCAGCGGCGUUUGUUUGAAGUCGGUUGCGGGGUGGGAAAUUUAAUAUUUCCAUUAAUAGAGGAACAACACGAGAAAAAACAGGAAGCGAAGAGUUCCUGGUUUUAUUAUGCCUGCGACUUUUCGCCUCGUGCCAUUGAUUUUGUGCGUUCAAAUCCACUGUACGAUGAGCAGCGUAUAGACGCUUUUCAAUGUGACAUUACCACUGAACAAAUAUACGCACAUAUCCCGGAGACCUCUUUGGAUAUUGUUACAAUGAUAUUUGUAUUAUCUGCUAUACAUCCGAAUAAAUUUGGUAUUGUUGUAGAAAAUAUUUACCGCUUACUGAAACCUGGUGGUGUUGUGCUUUUUCGAGAUUAUGGACGUUAUGAUAUGGCACAAUUGCGUUUCAAACCAGGCAACAAAAUAGCAGAGAAUUUUUACAUGCGACAAGAUGGAACAAGGAGUUACUUUUUUGCAGAGGGGGAAUUGGCGUCAUUAUUUACAGACUCUGAAAGGUUUGAAGUUGUUGAAAAUUCGUAUGUGCACAGACGUACUUUGAAUAUUAAAGAAGGUAUAGAUGUGCCUCGGAUUUUCUUACAAUCCAAGUUUCGCAAGAGAUAACUGUAAAUACGACAGUACAACGGAUAUUAUUUUUGUUUAUUGAAAAUCGUUUAUUAGUUGUAUUAUUUUAAUUUAAUAUUAGUUAACAUUUUUUUAAUAACAU